GGUAGAUUUUUUUUUUACUCUUGGGCUAGCCCAUGAAUUCAACCCGAACACCCAACCCACCCUGACCCAGAACCCGGUUUCCUAUUCUAAGCUCCUAAGUCCUAACACAGAGAUGUAACUAACUCAAGCUAUCUCAUGGCGCAGUCCAGACCUUGGAUCAAUGGCAGCAUCACCUGUCGUGCUGGGAGCUUCACCCAAGUUUGAAUCCUCAAUGAAAAAUAUAGAACCCAUGUUAGUAAUAGUAGUAUGUGUGUAAGGAAUAUAGAGACUGCCCCUUUAAUCUUUUUGUUUUAUCUUCGACCCUUAGAUCCCAACACAUACUUUGCAGUUUGCACAUUUUGCUUCUAGUCUUUUCUUUCCAUCAUGGGUUUUUCUUUUUUUGUUGUAGAAGUUGGUCAACUUUGACUAGCCUACACUAAUUCAUUUUGUACAGGAAAGGAAAAUAAAUAGAAUGGCCCAUAAAAAUCAAAGAGGAAUUUUUUGUGCCAAUAUCAAUUUUUUUUUUAUCUAAAUUGUCUAAAAAUAAAGAUUGCAUUAACUUGGAAGGGCAUACAUCAUGUCAAUUAUACUAUCCAAGUGCCUCGCUGGCCGCUCCACACUAUGCUCUUAAUUAAUUAACAAUUCCGUUACGUUACCAACAGUAUUUCUGUCAAUAUCUGUCAAUUUUAAUUGGACUGAACUCUAAACCCACUUAAUUUCAAAAGCCACAUCCCCAAUUAAUCUAAAUUAAUCCCAAUUUCACUAGUUUACCACACUAAUCCUAGUUUACCCUUUUGUUGUUACCGUGGACACACUUCCCCAACUCCUAUAUCAUUUUUCAGCGCCGCAUACCCAUCAGCCCUGUCGACAGGUCUUCUCGGCGCCGCCUCCGCCUGCCACCUGCGCAGCCCAAGUUGCUCUGUUCACCCGCAAGGACGCCGUCGUCUUCAACACCACAACACAACCCCACCGCUGCUGCUACUCAUGGAGGUCGACGCCACCAAUGCUGGUUCUCACAGAGGUUGAUGUUGCCGCGGAAGCCCUUCUCGUCUGAAGGCGUCGAUGACGCAUUGCCUUCUCCAAGCUGCAACAGCAAUCACGUAUGUGUCCACGCCGCCCUGCUGCGUUUAGCCGCCGACCGUCGCACGCCACUCUCUGCAAUCAUCCCAGUGUUCUCCAAUUGGGAUGUGAAGAGCAAUAACAUAUUGCUUGAUCAUGAGUUUAGGCCUCAUGCAGCGAAUUUUGGGCUUGCUAAGACCUUGCAGCGUGAGGCAGGUGACAGAGAUGCUGGUGCUGGUGCCAGUGCCAUGUCCAGAGUUCCUGGAUCAUAUGAAUACAUUGCCCCGGGUAAGUUCUUUGGUAGAUUUUUGGGUAUUAUUCAAAUGGAAUGACAACACCAUUCAAGGAGAAGUAAUGACCAUCAUGAAUCAUGAUAAAUAUCUAGCAGCUUAGUUUAGACUAUUGAGAUGUGUCAAUUUAAGUUAAGGUUCAAGUUAUUUGUUUUGGGAAGCUUUAUUGCUAAUAUCUACCUAAUUGAUCCACUUGCAGAGUAUGCUUAUACGCUCUAUAUGCUUAUGAUGAGAUGUUGAAUUAGUCAUAAAUGGCUAGUCUUUGUUUAUAACUAUGAAGAAUUUAUUCUAUUGUUGAUUUAGGAGCAAAGCUUAUAAAUGAUUGAUCACAUGGUGCUUGACAUGAAUUCCUAAGAGAAGGCUUGUUCUAAUUUUUCGGGAGAUGCAUAGAUGGAAUGAAAAGAAACAAAAGCUUGUGCAGUAUAGAAAAUUCUUUGAUAAGAUCCUUGCCUCACCUGUUCUUACAAAUAAUGAGAUGCUCAAAAAACUUGUUGAAAGCCAACUUGUAUGUUCUUUAGGAACAAGGAGUAGAAUGUCAUAACAUUUCUUUGUGUCCUUUAAAUUCAUUUAGGCAGAAAUUGUACUAGCUUAGUAGAUCCAUUAUUUUUUGUUAAAUUAUUCUAUUAUAGUUUCUUAAGAUGCUUUGUUUGAUUAAUUAGCAUACAAGGAGAAGUUGUUAGAAAUGAAGACGGCAGAGAUAUUUAAUUUUUUUGAUAUGUUAAAGAUGCUUCUCC